AUGGCCCUGACAGCGGUGGGCUGCUUUGCUCUCCAGCUUUCCACUAUCAUUUCUUGUGUGUUUGCAAAUGCAGAGGCUGCACAAAAGCAAGAAGGCAGCUUGUACAUGUGGAUCGAUGCCCACCAAGCAAGAGUGUUAAUAGGCUUUGAAGAAGAUAUCUUGAUUGUUUCUGAAGGGAAGAUGGCACCUUUCACCCAUGAUUUCAGAAAAGCGCAGCAAAGGAUGCCUGCUAUUCCUGUCAAUAUCCAGGCAAUGAAUUUCACUUGGCAAGCAACAGGACAGGCUGAAUAUUAUUAUGAGUUUUUGUCUCUUCGCUCCCUGGAUAAAGGAAUCAUGGCUGAUCCAACUGCAAAUAUACCAUUACUGGGUACUGUUCCACACAAGGCUUCAGUUGUUCAGGUUGGUUUUCCAUGUCUUGGCAAUCAAGAUGGAGUGGCAGCAUUUGAAGUUAAUGUCAUUGUUAUGAAUUCAGAGGGCAAUGUGAUUCUUCAGACCCCACAAAAUGCCAUCUUUUUCAAGACUUGCCAGCAAGCAAAGUGCCCAGGAGGAUGUAGAAAUGGAGGCUACUGUAAUGAGAGACAUGUCUGUGAAUGUCCAGAUGGGUUUUAUGGGCCACACUGUGAGAAAGCUCUCUGCAUGCCACGGUGCUUGAAUGGUGGGCUUUGUGUAACUCCGGGACUGUGUAUCUGUCCACCAGGGUAUUAUGGAAUCAGUUGUGAUAAAGCAAACUGUUCAACCAACUGUCUGAAUGGAGGAACAUGCUUUUAUCCAGAUAAAUGUAUCUGCCCAUCAGGUUAUGAGGGAGAUCAGUGUGAAAUAAGUAAAUGUCAACAACCAUGCAGAAAUGGAGGCAAAUGUAGUGGAAAGAAUAAAUGCAAAUGUUCUAAAGGCUACCAAGGAGAUCUGUGCUCAAAGCCUGUGUGUGAACCCUCCUGUGGAUCACAUGGAACCUGCACUGAACCAAACAAAUGCCAAUGUAAAGAAGGAUGGAAUGGCAGAUACUGUAAUAAACGGUACGGAGCCAACCUCAUGAAUGUCCUGAGGCCAGCAGGCACCAAGAACAGACAGCACACACCUUCUCCGAAACGGACUGAUGACAAGCAUGUUUCACCCGAGUCCAAUUAUAUCUGGUGAAGCCCGGCACAUCUGAAACCUUUUACAUUACAGAGAGUUCAAAGUGUUCAUUAACCUUUCAUGCAUUGUAUGAUUACUGGUCUGAAUCCUACUAGCUUCAAUGUAAACCACUGAUGUACCAUUUCAUUCCAUCAGUUUAAUAAUCUAAGUUUGGUUUCUUUUUUUCAGUGGUUUUUAUGACCUAUGUAAAAUAUGUCUAGUUUUCAUUAAUAUUUCAGAAAUAAAAUGGAAUUCCCAAUG